CAAACGGAAAUGCAAUGAAAAGCGCCGAGAAAACACAAAAUAGUGCUAAAAUUAAAAAGGAAAAACCCGUGGAGUCUACACGAACAUUCAGACUAGCCCAUCAGAUUGUUAGUCUCACGGGAAUUAGUUUCGAGAAGCGGAAUAUUAUUGGCUCCGUUGAAUUGACAAUUGUCCCCACGACAGAUCGGCUGCGUCUUCUUCGUCUCAAUGCAAAACAGUGCAGUAUUUACAAGGUGUCCCUCAAUGACACGUACGAGGCGAAAUUCUUCUACUUUGACCCGUUUCUGGACAUCUGUCAGGACACAAAGACCCGGAGUCUGGAGCUAUUCUCAAAAUUGCACUUAGCAGCCGCUCAGAAGGUUGAUGCUGACCUCAAUGCUGGGGAGUUGAUCGUUGUUAUUCCCAGUGAGGCAGCUCAUCUGGUCGGGGAGGGUCGUGGAUUGCGGGUGAGUAUUGAAUUCUCGUUGGAGAAUCCCGCAGGAGGAGUGCAUUUUGCCAUCCCCGAGGGUGAGGGCACCAUGACUGAGCUGGCGGCUCACAUGUACACGUGUUGCCAUGAAAAUUCCUCCCGAUUGUGGUUCCCAUGCGUGGAUAGCUUCGCUGAACCGUGUACGUGGAAGUUGGAGUUCACUGUGGAUGAGAGUAUGACAGCUGUAAGUUGUGGAGAUCUCGUGGAGGUCGUCAUGACGCCGGAUUUGCGUCAAAAAACAUUCCACUACAGCGUAUCGACACCCGUUUGUGCUCCGAAUAUUGCUCUCGCCGUGGGACCAUUUGAGAUCUACGUGGAUCCACAUAUGCACGAAGUUACGCACUUCUGCCUGCCACAGCUGAUGCCACUCCUCAAGAACUCCGUGCGCUACAUUCAUGAGGCGUUUGAAUUUUACGAGGAAACCCUGUCAACGCGAUAUCCCUUCAGUUGCUACAAGCAGGUCUUUGUAGAUGAGCUACAGGUGGAAGCGAGCGCCUACUCCACCAUGUCCAUCCUCUCGACGCAUCUCCUUCACUCAAUUGCAAUCAUUGAUCAAACCUUCAUUACGCGCAAAAUUAUGUCCAAAGCCAUUGCUGAGCAGUUCUUCUCGUGCUUCAUCACAAUGCAACACUGGUCGGACACGUGGCUACCCAAAGGGAUUGCCGAGUACCUGUGUGGAUUGUACUCGAAGAAAUGCUUCGGUAACAAUGACUACCGUGAGUGGAUUCAGUCCGAAUUGGCGGAAGUAGUGCGCUACGAGGAACACUAUGGUGGUAUUGUGUUGGAUUGCAGUCAACCACCAGCGCCACUACCGGUGUCCUCAUCCCAGCCGCAGACUGUUCAACGUCAACCUGAGAUCCUUCACUACUUCCCCAUACGCAGCCUGCACACAAUGUCACCAAAGUAUGUGGAAACAAUGCGUAGGAAGGCACAUCUGGUCAUCCGCAUGCUGGAGCACCGUAUUGGUCAGGAACUCCUUCUGCAGGUCUUCAAUAAACAACUGGCACUCGCCACAAAUGCCGCCACGACGAAGAUUGGUAGUGGAUUGUGGCAUCAUCUUCUCAUCUCGACGGAUGUCUUCACAAAGGCAAUUUUCACGGUAACCGGAAAGGAUAUGUCUGUGUUCAUGGAUCAAUGGGUACGUACAGGUGGGCAUGCCAAGUUCAGCCUCACGAGCGUCUUCAACAGGAAGCGCAAUACAAUUGAGCUGGAAAUUCGGCAGGAUUCGGUGAAUCAGAAAGGUGUCCGGAAGUACGUGGGGCCCCUGCUGGUGCAACUUCAGGAGCUCGAUGGAACCUUCAAGCACACCCUACAGAUUGAGAACACGGUGGUCAAGUCGGAUAUCACGUGCCACUCGAAGAGCAGGAGGAAUAAGAAAAAGAAGAUUCCCCUCUGCACUGGAGAGGAGGUGGAUAUGGAUUUAACCCCGAUGAAUGAUUCACCCGUCCUGUGGAUUCGUCUAGAUCCCGAGAUGACCAUCCUCCGGGCUGUCAAUGUGGAACAGCCGGACUUUCAAUGGCAAUUCCAGCUGCGUCAUGAGCGGGAUGUUACUGCCCAAUUGGAUGCAAUCAAGGCUCUGGAGAAGUACGCCACUCCAGCCACGAGGAUGGCACUCACGGAUACCAUUGAGAAUGAGCAGUGCUUCUUCAAGGUGCGCUGCCAGGCGGCACUGUGCCUCACAAAGGUAGCCAAUGCUAUGGCUACCAGUUGGCAGGGACCCCCAGCUAUGCUCACGAUUUUCCGGAAGCUCUUUGGCUCCUUCAGUGCACCCCAUAUUAUUCGGCAGAAUAAUUUCUCCAACUUCCAACAUUAUUUCCUGCAGAAGACAAUCCCCGUUGCAAUGGCGGGAUUGAGGACAUCUCAUGGUAUUUGCCCACCGGAAGUAAUGAGAUUCCUUUUGGAUCUCUUCAAGUACAACGACAACACCCGGAAUCACUACUCUGACAACUACUACAGGGCAUCCCUUGUGGAGGCACUCGGGAAUGCAAUAACACCCGUGAUCUCGGUGAUUCAGCAGGGAACAACAAUUACAGCUGAGAAUCUCUCACCGGAUGCAAAACUCGUCCUGGAGGAAGUGACACGUUUGCUGAACUUGGAAAAGCAUCUGCCCUCCUACAAGUACUCCGUGUCUGUUGCGUGCUUAAAAGUCAUCCGGAAAUUGCAGAAAUGCGGUCAUCUACCACCAAGCCCCAAUAUCUAUCGAAGCUAUGCAGCCUAUGGGCAGUAUUUGGAUCUCCGUGUGGCGGCCAUGGAAUGCUUGGUGGACUUUGUAAAAGUCGAUGGGAGAUGGCAGGAUUUGGAGCAUCUGCUGGAUCUCCUUGAGACUGAUCCUGAUCCAAUGGCACGGCACCUCUUGGCGAGACUUCUCAUUGAGAAUCCUCCCUUUGUUCGGGGGGAUCGACAUCGGCUGGACAAGGAGAAGCUUGUUGAGAGAAUUUGGAAUACAAUGAAUACGGGUUUGGCAUCAGAUCCUGUCUUGCGGUGCGACAUGGUGGAUCUCUAUUAUGCCCUCUAUGGCACAAAGAGGCCCUUUUGCCUGCCAACUCCCGAACUUCAGGCUAUUAUGAAGCCCCAAAAAAUUGCCCCAUUGCCCACAAUCUCACCCAGCUUGACAACAGUUCCCACAUCUCUUCCACCAGAGCAUAUUUCAACACUUCCGGGAAUUUCCGGGGACUCCCUUGGGGAGAGUCAGAAGAGAAAGGUCGAUCAAGUGAUGGAUUUGGUGAUGAAAGUUGAACCGAAGAGUGAAGUAAUUGAGCUUCCUGAUGUGGAUGUUAUUAGUACAUCCCUUCCACCGCAGGGUGAUGUUCCACCGCCGAAAAAAGCCAAAACUGAAUACUAUUCGGACAAUUCUGUCUCCCUGCCGGGCAUUAUGGGUGCCACGGGGAGUAAUCCAGUUGGUUUUGAACCGGGUAUGUUUAAGCAGGAAGAGGAUCAGCAGCCAAAGAUCAAGACUGAUCAACCAAAGCCCAAGAAGAGGAAGAAGGACAAGAAGAAGCAUAAGCAUAAGCAUAAACAUAAGCACAACAAGGACAAGGAUCGGGACAGAGACCGAGAAAAGUCCAAGGAGAAGAAGGAUCCAAAUAUUGCGAGAGUGAUGCACGUUAAGGAGGAAACCCAGGAGACACUCAGCUCCCCAGAUAGCUCCAGCAACAGCAAUUUGAUCACAAUUGACUCACAUAUUGAUUGAAAGAAAAAUUAGAAAUUCUUUUCCAUGUUGUUGAAUACAAUCUUUAUUCAUUUAUAGAUCAGAUCGCUAAGAAUAAUAAAACAAAUAAUAAGUAUAGGUA